UCGAUGGGUUCUUCUGAUCGUAGCGAUCAUUGUAACAAAGUUCAUUGAUAAAAUUGAACUGUAUCGUUGUUCCCGUGUUUCAAUGAAAAAGCGAAAACUUAAUUCGCUUUUAAACUAAAUGUAAUUUAAUAUAAAAAAUAGUGUUAAACAGCAUUCAUAAUAUGCGCGUAAUUUUCAAAAAACCUCGCCAGCAUUUACUGAUUUUGAGACCGCAAAACCGAUUAGCUGGUAAAAUUCUUGUCGCGUUUUCAUGAUUUAUACAGAUUUUUCUUGAGUUUCCGGAAGAUCAGAAAAGUUAAAAAAAAUUUAUUUCGCAUAAAUAUAUUAACACGAGCGAUAUUUUAAUAUUGAAGUUAAUAUAUCAAGAAGAAGAAACUGAAAAUACACAUACUAUACAGUAUGCGCUCUGUCAUAAUAUUGUCAAUUUUGUCACAAGUUAACACUCGCAAGCGCAAGUGAUACGAUUUCGCUAAAGCGUAAUAUAUAUAUAGGUAAUCUAUAAUAUACAGAAAAGUUGACAGAUAUUUAUAGAAGAGCAAUAAUAUUCUACAUAAAUACAAGAUAAUCAUAUUUAAUCGCUACAAGAAGAGGAUAAAUAAUAUUACAUUUGCAUUUAGACAGAAUGCAAUCAUAAUAUAGUAAUUAUUAAAGUAAAGAGUGGAAGAAAGAAGAGAAAAGAGAAUUUAUUUAGGUAAUAUCAAUCUGUCAUCAUGGUUGGACCUGAUUUACCAGAAAUUCCAGCAUCUUUGAAAACUAUACAACAGUACUUGAAAAUAGCAGCAACCCAUGAUCAACGCGAUCCUGUAGUUAGUUAUUGGUGUCGUUUAUACGCGCUCCAAACGGGUUUGAAACUUUCAACAAAGAGCCCAAAAGAGACAAACUUUCUAAUGAAAUUAAUGGAUUGGUUAGAAACGACUAAAAAAGAGUUGCGGGACAACGAAGCUAUCACGAACGAUGUUGCCGCACAGGCACAUCUCGAAAAUUGGGCAUUGAAGCUUUUCCUUUACGCGGAUAAAAAUGAUAGAGAGGGCAAUUUUGGCAAGAAUAUAAUACAAAGCUUUUUCACCGCUGGAUUACUGUACGACGUAUUAACUACUUUCGGUGAAUUGACCGAGGAAGCUGCGCAAAAUAGAAAAUACGCGAAAUGGAAAGCGGCGUACAUUCACAAUUGUUUGAAAAACAAUGAAACACCUGUACCAGGACCGAUGCCAGAUGACGCUGAAAAUGUUGAUUUUGAUAGUAAUGCAAGUCCAGAUAGUGGUGAAACAACAACGAAACCAAAAGGAGACGAAACACCAUCACGUUCGAACGAAUUGAUCGAUAUUCAUGAUAAUGAUUCGUCUAGCGAGGUACCCGAUAGGAGUAACAAAGGAAACGUUGGACAGUGGUCCUCUGAAGAUAAAGAUUAUAAUGUGGCGAUGAAAACAGAAGGAGGAGUUGAUUUGUCCGUAGAAGAUAUAAGUAAAGCACAAAAAUUAAUCAAGUGGGCCGGAAGUGCUUUGAAUUACGACGAUGUGCCUACAGCUAUACUAAAUCUUCAGAAGGCUCUAUGUCUUUUAAGGACUGGCCAAGAAGAGGCAUGAUGGAAAACAUGAUUGAAUAUAUUGUAUCUCUUUCGACGCUUUAUAACUUUAGCAGCAAAUUAUUCUAACUCCAAGUUCACGAAACAGCAUCGACUAGUAUCGCGUGAAGACAGUAACAUAAAUAUGAGAAUAUGAAAAUAUGCGAAAAUAUUUAACUGAUGCGAAAGUAAAAAUAAUAAGUUAUUUAUUGAAUUGUUUACAUCAUUGCAGCCACGCCGAACAUAUUAAAGGUAUUUUUUAAAUAUCAUGUUAUUUUGUUUUAUGUAAAAUCGGCGUUCGUAUUUAAACUUGUUAUUACUGAAAUGUAUCGUCGAAACUGAGUAGCACAAUGUGAGUGCACGUUUACAGAUUCGUGGUAAAACUGUAAUAUCUUCUUUCGCUUAUACUUAUAAAGAAUGGUAUCGAGAAA